ACCCAUUCAAGAUUGUCAUUGGCCACGGCAUAAAGGUAACUAAAAAUGGUAGAGGAAAGCUGCCUACUACGGUCACUAUCAAGUAUUUUAAGCGUCAAUUGAACUCGAAGCUGAAUAUGUAUUGACCAAUCAACCCUUGAACCAACCAACAACAUCCUUAAUGCCCUAUCAUAAAGGAAAGAUAACCCCCUCCAAAGCUGAACUGAUAAGAACGCAAUGUUCUACUUCUCUAGAAGUGGAUCAUAAUCGCUGCAACUGCAACAAUGAGCCCCUCAUCUUGCCCAGUAUUCGUCCUCGUGCCUGGCGCCUCACAAAGUCCGGCAGCCCUGCGGUUAUCUACUACAUCUCAUUCAAAGCAAAGGCCAUGGUGCCUUCAGUGCGCUCUUACCAAGCGUUGGCGCUACCGAACCUGUCACUGCUACGGACGACGCAGAAUAUGUGCGUUCCCGUAUGCUUCUUCCGAUACUCGAUAUCGAGAAGCACGACGUGAUCCUAAUCAGUCAUUCUUUUAGCGGCAUCCCAGCGAGUGCUGCUGCUCGAGGUCUUGGAAAAGCUGAUCGGGUCGCUCAAGGGAAGUCAACUUCCGUCCUAGGCCAGAUUCUCAUUGAUGCAGUUACGGCUAGAGGAGGGGAUGGAUUGGAUCUUGUCGCAAACUUUGGUGGGCAAAUGCCACCUCACAUUCGAGUCGAUGAAGCAGAGAAUCUCUUGAGAUGCGACGAUCCGAAACCGCCAUUGUUUAUUGACCUACCGUCAGAACUAGCAGAUUCGGCAGUCCUUUCUUGUGUCAGCCGAGGGAAGACAUCAUUCACGAGUCCCUGUCCGGCUGCUAGUUGGGAUACAGAGGCUUUCAACGGCCGUCUCGCUUAUAUCAAGACUGUCAAUGACCGUGCUGUUCCUUACGAAGCACAGUCUAUGAUGCUGCAGGCUACCGGACAGGAGUGGAUUACCAGGGACAUUGAAACGGGCCAUAGUCCGCAGCUUGCAGCGCCGGAGAAGCUAGCUGAUAUACUUGUAGAACUGGCGAAGCGCUUUGAAGCAUUGUAGAUGACCCUAGUGGAAGCGUCGAUUUCAAUUGAUUUCGGGGCACAAAGCGAGCAAAUAGCACAUACCAAUGAAAACUCGCACACUUAAAUUUUUUGAGGUUGUACUAACAUUAAUCGUGUCUUCCUGAUCCUGGUAAUCAACUGUAACUGUUUCUGUAGAAAUAAUAAGCAUGAUCAAAGUCGUAUAAUCCGUCAACAGAGACGAGACUGGCGCUAAACCGCAUCCAGCCACUCGCGACGUCAUC